CCCGGCCUGCCCCGCAGCCUGAGGAGGAGGACACAAGACUCUGCUGCAUUUUUUCCCCGCUGUCCUCCUGAGCAGCCGGAUCAAGGAUUCUUGUGGAUUACAGCAGGAGCUGAGCUUGUGGCGUCUGCCCCCCGGAUAUACCGCAGCGCCAGCUCCAGCACUCGUUACAUUGUAUCCCUGGAUCUACAGCGUGGGGCCCCUGAUUGAGCCUUGGGCUGACACUAGUAAUCGGGCAUGCUGGGGCACCUCCGCGGGCACCUAUGGUGUGUGUGCCCCCUGUGAAGGAUCUCCCUCCGCUUUGCAGGAUCUCUACCCCCCUCUAAGACUGGCGUAUGUUCCAGAUCGCCUUGGCUACUGCUCGGACCCCCAGUCCCCCCCGGGCUGCUGCUGCUUGUCUCUGUCCUCCGGCCUCGGGUCCAGGAUCCUUCAUGAUUUGCGGGCGUCAUGCACGUUUUUUAGCCGGGAAGCCUUGCUCUCGUCCCGCAUGUUCAGGACCAAAAGAUCGGUGCUCGUCCGGCGACUCUGGAGGAGUCGAGCUACUCCCGGGGAGACGGGGGAAGGAGACGGGGAGAGCAGGGCGCAUGGGGCCGGGGGCUGCUGCAUGGGCAAGACCGGCAAGGUGUCCAAGGCGCAGCUGGGGGGGUCUGAGGCUGAACUGAAGGCGCUCACCCACUCUCUGCUUAAGAGGCUGAAGGAGAGGCAGCUGGAGGGACUGCUGCAGGCGGUGGAGUCCAAGGGGGGAACCCGCAGCCCCUGCCUCCUGCUGCCCUCUGCCAAGCUGGACUCCAGGCUGGGACAGCAGCUCUUCUCCCUGCCCCUGCUGCUCUGCAAGCUCUUCAGGUGGCCGGAUCUCAGGCACUCGGCCGAGGUCAAGAGGCUCAGCUGCUGCGAGUCCUAUGGCAAGAACAACCCGGAGCUGGUGUGCUGUAACCCGCAUCACCUCAGCAGGCUCUGCGAGCUAGAGUCCCCCCCACCUCCCUACUCCAGAUACCCAAUGGAGAUUCUCAAGCCUUGUGCGGAUCCUACAGACUGUGUGCCUUCCUCCACUGAGACAGGGGGAACUAAUUACCUGGCCCCUGAGGGGCUUUCAGAUUCCCAACUUCUCCAGGAGUCUGGGGACCCGUCCCAUUGGUGCGUGGUUGCAUACUGGGAAGAAAAGACACGGGUGGGUCGAUUAUAUUCUGUCCAAGAACCUUCCCUGGAUAUCUUUUAUGACCUACCUCAAGGGAAUGGCUUCUGUAUUGGGCAACUAAACUCGGACAACAAAAGUCAGCUGGUGCAAAAAGUACGCAGCAAGAUUGGAUAUGGGAUCCAGCUGACCAAAGAAGUGGAUGGCGUUUGGGUUUAUAAUCGCAGCAGUUAUCCGAUCUUCAUCAAGUCGGCCACACUGGACAACCCUGACUCUAGGACGUUGCUGGUCCAUAAAGUGUUCCCCGGAUUCUCCAUCAAAGCUUUUGACUAUGAGAAGGCUUACAGUUUGCAAAGGCCUAAUGACCACGAGUUUAUGCAACAGCCGUGGACUGGAUUUACUGUACAGAUAAGCUUUGUGAAAGGCUGGGGACAGUGCUACACGAGACAGUUUAUCAGCAGCUGCCCCUGCUGGUUGGAGGUGAUAUUUAAUAACCGAUGACUUGGAAACGAGUGGACUUUAGGACUCUAUGACUACAUGCUGCUAAUAUUUCCUUCCGAGUGCUUGCUUCUUUGUGCAAAAUGGUUUGUUUUUGUUUUUUUCACUUUUUUUUUUUUUUUUUUUUUUGUUCGUUUGUUUUUAU